AUGGAAAACAAAGAAGAAAAAGAUAAAUCAACGUCUGAUCCAAAGAUCAUGACGAAUGAUGUAGAAUCAGAUCAAGCACUCGAAACUUCAUCUCCUAGCAUUCAAGGUGACGAAGAAAAACAAGGUGAACCAAAAGCAGUAAUUAAUGCAGAUUUAGAAAAACGUUUGGCAAAUCCACUCAAACUACUCAGUAGAGAAGAAGUCCUGGAAAGAAGUAAACAAUUUGCUCAUUUGGUCGGUGAACCUGACAGUGUUGAGCUUUUCAACAAAGGUGCUCUUUUGGCAAGAGAUCCGUUGUUGUAUGAAUCAUUACCACUCUUGACCGAUGCAGAUCGUGCUGACAUCAAAAGAGAAGAAACGCACAGAUGGGAUCAUCCGAAGCAACUGUAUGUCUUGGUUGUUUGUUGCUCUUUGGGAGCAGUAGUUCAAGGUAUGGAUCAAUCGGUCAUCAACGGGGCAAAUUUAUUCUUCCCUACAACAUUUGGAAUUCAAAAUGAAUCAACUUGGUUCUCGGGUAUCAUCAAUAGUGCUCCUUAUUUCAGUUGUGCACUCUUGGCAUGCUUUGUUACCGAACCUCUCAAUUAUUACUUUGGUCGUCGUGGAACGGUUUUCAUUACUUGUUUUGUCGCCUUUGCAACGUGUAUCUGGUCAGCAGUUGCUCAUACAUACUGGAAUCUGAUCAUAUCCCGUGUAGCCUUGGGCUUUGGAAUCGCUCCAAAAAGUGCAACUGUGCCAGUAUAUGCAAGUGAAUGCGUUCCCUCUCAAAUCCGAGGGGGUUUGGUGAUGCAAUGGCAAUUAUGGACAGCGUUUGGAAUCAUGUUGGGAUACGUUGCUGAUAUUGCAUUCUACAAUGUUCCUGAUCAAUCGGGUAUUGUUGGUUUGAAUUGGCGUUUGAUGUUGGGAUCAGCCGCAAUUCCUCCAAUCGCAGUUAUGGCUCUCGUCUUCUUUUCUCCUGAAAGUCCAAGAUGGUAUUUAUCAAAAGAUAAACAUAGAGAAGCUUACCAAGCUAUGUUGAAACUUCGCAAGACACCUUUGCGUGCAGCAAGGGAUCUAUACAGCGCCUAUGAAGGUGUUUUGGCAGAGAGAAUCCUGAACUCUUCACGGUCAAGAAAUCGUCUGAUAGAGAUGGUUGUCUCUCCCCGCAUAAGAAAGGGAGUCCAGUCCUCUGGAUUUGUCAUGUACAUGCAACAGUUUUGCGGUAUCAACGUUAAUGCUUACUAUUCCAGUACGAUCUUCAAACUAUCGGGAGCAACGGAGCUUGCAGCAUUGGGUGCUUCGCUUGGAUGGGGCUCUGUUAACUGGAUAAUGGGAUUCCCAGCAAUCUGGACAAUCGACAAAAUCGGUAGAAGAGGUCUUUUGCUGAUCGGGUUCCCAUUGAUGAGUAUCUUCUUAUUCUGGACUGCAUUUUCGUUCUAUAUCCAAGAUCAGACUGCAAGAAUUGCCAUGGUCGCCUUAGGAACGUACUUGCAUUGCUGCGCUUAUUCACCCACGGAAGGACCAGUUCCCUUUACCUAUUCAUCUGAAUCCUUUCCUCUUGCGCACCGAACAUUGGGAAUGACAUGGGCAGUAAGCGUGUGCUGGUUCUUCAACGGAAUUCUGUCGUUGACCUUCCCGGAAUUGCUCGUCGCCUUUACGCCUACAGGAGCGUUCAGUUGGUAUGCGGCAUGGAACAUCUUUGGAUUCGUAUACACCUACUUCCUAUUACCUGAAACCAAGUCACUAUCUCUUGAAGAGUUAGAUGCCGUCUUCUCUGUUUCCAAUCGCGAUCAUGCCAAAUAUUACUGGAAACGUUUACCCCACGAUUUAUCUUGGCUCGUCAAAUUCGGAAAGAAGGAACCCUACAACGAAUUCUUAUACGAGCACGAAAAACUUACCCUAGAAGAACGUGAGGAACGUGGAGCCUUAUUCGCGCAAGCAGCUGCUGGUCAUUAG